UGGAAGGUUCAUAAGGAAGACCAAGAUUGGAACAAGAAACGUAAAUAUCGUCCAAUUCAGCAGCUAUUGAAAAUUCAGAAGGUCAAUGGAUAAAGUGAAUAUUAAAAAGGAACAACGUCAUGGCAUUGAUCACUUAUAUCGUAGACCUACCCUUCCUUCAUUUCUCAUUUUCUCUGCUUUUUCUAUGGCUAAUGUUCCAGUGAGCUUCUUCUUCCUUGCAUCAAUGUUCUUGGUCUUGGUGGCAUCAAUCAGUUCCCAAGAAGAGAACAAACACGAAGAGUGUAGCAAGCCAUUCAGCUGCGGACUAACGUCCAUCUACUACCCUUUCUGGGGAGGGAGCAGACCCAGUUAUUGUGCUAGCAACCACAAAUUCAAGCUCAACUGUGAGGAUAAUCAAAACUCCACCCUUCAACUUGGCUCACAAACUUUUCAAGUUCUUCACUUUGAUCCAGUUCAGUACACCGUGAAAAUCGUUCGAACAGGCAUUGUCUAUGAUAAUUGCUCUUCCUCGGCCGUAACCAACAACUCCGUGGAUUCAAAUCUCUUUCGAUACUUGAAUGUUAGGAACAUCACCAUCUACUAUGGUUGUCCCUAUUCCCUGAUUUCAAACAGCACACGCUCUUUUCAAUGCAAGGAAGAUGGUAACAAGAGUGCUUUCUAUGGGGACCCUGCAACUGGGAAAGUCCAAGACUGUGAUGGAGCUAGGAUUGAAGUGCAAGUAGCACAGGAACUUGACCCUGAUCGGGGAAUUCAAGGACUCAACAAAGCCUUGAGUGAAGGGUUUGAAAUACAUCUUAUUUCAGAGGCACAAGUUCAGUGCUUAAAAUGCGUUUCAACUAAUGGAACAUGUGGGGCUAAUAAUGAGUCUCAGUUUUCAUGCUUUUGCCCCAAUGGAAGUGAAGGUUUAGAUUGCUCUAAUAGCGAUAAAUGGAACUGGCAAAGGAAGCUGGUUAUAGGUGUUGCUGCUGCAGUGAUAAGUGGAAUUGUAUUUAGCCUUGGCUUUUACAUCUAUUAUGGUCGUCUAAAGAAGAAGAAUCGUCUCCGUGAAGUAACACCUUCUGUAAUAUAUAAUUCUAAAGGAAUCUCACAUAGUUCUUCUUUAGAAGAUUAUGAGAAGGGAAGUAAAUACAUUGGAGUCCACUUCUUCACCUAUAGUGAACUUGAAGAGGCCACAAACUUCUUUAAUCCAGACAGAGAACUAGGAGACGGAGGAUUUGGAAAAGUGUAUUUUGGGAAACUUCAGGAUGGACGAUUAGUUGCAGUGAAGAGAAUGUACGAGAACAGUUUGAAAAGAGUUGAGCAAUUCGUGAAUGAAGUGGAGAUCUUAACUGGCCUACACCACCAGAACCUUGUGUCUCUAUAUGGAUGCACUCCUCGCCACAGUAGAGAACUUCUGCUGGUGUACGAAUACAUUCCAAAUGGAACCGUGGCUGAUCAUCUUCAUGGUCAAAGAGCAAAACCUGGCACACUCCCUUGGCACAUCAGAAUGAACAUUGCCAUUGACCCCAUACCAGAACCAUCAACUAACCAUUACCGGAGCCCCAACCACCAAUCACGCACACCACCCACAUACCCCACAAUCACCCAUACCAGAAUUAACAUUGUUCGAAUUCGAAGAGGACCGAAAGGUGUUGGUGAUCUGCAACUUCCAGAGCAACAUCGAACACCAGCUGAUAAAAGUUGUUCAUUCAAACACGUUGAGUUGGUGGUCUUCUGGUACUCAUGCCAUGAUGCAACAAAGGCAUUCCAGGAAGCUGCAAAGUUACUAAAUGAUCUCUAA